AUGCCACGCUGGAAGCAGUCGUUACCUAUUACGCAACGUAUCGUUCUUUCUGACUCUGCUCGUUUGUUCGAUCCGUACGGAUUAGCAGGUCCAGUGAUUGUGCAAGCGAAGAUGUUUCUCCAAGAGCUUCGGAAAAAGAAGUAUGCUUGGGAUGAGCCGUUGAGCGCAGAUCUGCAGUCCCAAUGGCUACAGUUCUGGACAAAGUUGGAUCGACUGGAUGCAGUCUCCGUUCCUCGCUGGAUCGCAUUUGACAAUAAUGUGAUUUCAAGUGAGCUAAACGGAUUCUCUGACGCCUCGGAGAAAGCAUACGGAGCAGUAAUCUAUCUGCGAUGUGUUACACGAGAGGGCAGUACUACAGUUCGUCUGCUGAUGGCCAAAUCCAAAGUAGUGCCUUUAGAGGACUUAAGCGAGAAGAAGAAACGACAAUCGAUACCAAGACUAGAGUUGUCAUGA